AUGCCACUCGCGGCAGAGCCCGACGACACUCAUGGGGAAGGGGAGAAUCAGCAGCUGCUAAUCACGACGAAGGGAGGUCCCGGGCUUGAGGGACUGGUGGUGGGGAGCUACUGCCACGAUGUGCUGAUCCGGGGCGGGCGCGUAGUGGGGGAGACGCUCGGCGGGGCUGCGGCCUUCGUGUCCAACGUGCUCGACGCCGCCUCGCCCUGGGACGCCGCGCUCAACGGGACAGCCCCCUUCGUCGUUGUGGCCAAGGUGGGCCACGACUUCGUCUACGCCUCGGCGCCGGCGCCCGCGCGGCAUCCGCCUCUGCUCUGCGCGUCGCCGACCACCUCCUUCCACGCCCAGUUCUCGGAGACCGCCGCCUCGGCGCACGCCCCCGACCGGGAGCUCCGGCGCGUGCGCGCCUGCGACCCGAUCUACCCCGCCGACCUUCCCGACCGCCGCUUCGCCUACGGCCUCGCCGUCGGCGUCGCCGGGGAGGUGCUACCGGAGACGCUCGAGCAGAUGAUUCGGCUCUGCCGCGCGGUGCUCGUGGACGCGCAGGCGCUGAUCCGGGCGUUCGACGGCGACGGUGCCGUCGGCCACGUGGCGCUUGACGAUACGCCGUACGCGCGGCUUCUGCCCCGGGUGGCGUUCGUUAAGGCGUCGUCGGAGGAGGCGCCAUACGUCGGGGUGGAAACGGCGAGGCGGUGGUGCUGUGUGAUCGUCACGGAGGGGAGGGACGGGUGCCGGCUGUACUGGAACGGUGGGGAGGCGAGCGUUAUGCCGUUCCCCGCCGUCCAGGUGGACCCUACUGGCGCCGGAGACAGCUUUCUCGCGGGUUUUGCAACCGGACUGCUGUGGGGGUUGUCGGCGACGGACGCCGCGCUGCUGGGGAACUUCUUCGGCGCCGCUGCCGUAUCGCAGGUCGGCGUGCCCACCUUCCAUUCCAAGAUGUUGCAGGCAGUUAAAGAAAUACUUGAAGAGAAGACAACAAAACGAUAUAGUCCAUGUAUAAACGGCACUAAUUUUACCUUGGAGAAGUCAAAUAUGCACAAUGAGUUACACGCAGCUCUCCAAGAAGCGGCGAUGCUGAUGUCUGAACAGCAGCAGGCUGAUAAGGCGAACGGCAAUGGUGGGGAUAUUUGCUCGCCAUGGGAACUUACUUCACAGUGA